AUGCAACUCCACAAUGCCCUGAUCCGGACACACCACAUUACUUCCCGCAAGAAAGUCGCGGCGCUGAAACGGGCGGCGGAUUCACUCGAAUGCGCGGUCUUGCUUCGGUCCGGAGGAUGUCCUGGCAUCAUGUACGUGGAAGGCCGGGGCAAGGAGCGAGUGGAGUCGUGGGUUGAUGUGGUGCGGAGAUUGCGAUAUAAGGACUUUCAGCUGGUGACAAGGGCAGGGGUGUUGGAGAUGGAGGAAGGAGAAGAGGCGGGGAAGAAGAAAGCGAAAGAGACGGGGAAAGAGAAAGAAAGUCCAGGGCUAGCAUUGGGGUUGGAUGAGGUGGAGAGUGUGAAGGAGUUUGGUGCGAUCAUGGCCAAGAGGGGGGUGUGGAAGUGGUGGAGGAGGGGAAUGGGCUAUGCAUGA